AUGUCCGAACAACGUCCUAGACUCGGCGCCAGAAAAUCAAACAGAGGCUCCAACGAGCGUUUCCUCUUCUUGAGACCCCGCUCGUCGUCUCGCAGUCGCACUGGCGCUAACAAUAGGGCUUCGGCAGCCUCAGACUCCGAUUCAGACGAUAAUCAGGACCGUCCAGACCCAUACGACCGCCCAGCCUCGCGUGCUCUGCCCUCUUUCGCGCGUGGUCCCGCUUCUCACACCAACAGGCGUCAAGAUAUCGAAGAAGACGCCUUUGAUACUAUCCAGGUCGAUAACGGCGACACAGUGGACUUCUCGGACAAUGAAAGUGGUCAAGAGGAAACACAGAACCCAGAAGACCCCAAGAGCACCGAAAGGGCCCCCAACAGCGCCCGCGACGCCGAGGAGCAUGUCAACUCGGACUCCGCUCCUCGCCCCGCUCAACAAGACUCCGACAAGCCACAACAAUUGCAAUACCCCUCCUCAGACGACGAAAAAAUAGACCCAAAGGACUCAGAUAAGAGCUCCCCCACGCACGUCGCCACUACAGAGACGCAAGACCCUUUCAAAAACCCAGCUUCGCCUGGUGAUGAAGAUAAAGACGGUGAGGGGUCCUCAUCGGACGAAGACAAAGUUGACAACUUCAAACGCUUUUUCCGUAGAAGAUCUACUGCUCGUCGUUCCUCCACUCGCCGGUCUUCUCAUGAUUCGCGGCCAAGUGGCAUGCGGUCUGUAAAAGACGACGACGAAGACGACGAACAUCGCGGCUUUCUCAACAAAUUCUUAGAAUACACAGGUGGUGGUAUGACCCCAGGUCUACGAAGAUCCAGCACGCAAAAAUCUCACAUUGACGAAGAACAUGUAGCGGGCCAAGAAAACUUGGAAGAGCCUGUGGAUGGCGUCGAUGUUAGCGAAGCUGCCCAGCAGAUUCUUCAACAACAUGGUGCCUCUACAACUCAGAACCUCGCUGUUCCAAGCGGCUCCGGUGACAAUUACAAUCCUGCUCUCGAUACACCCGAUGUUACAAUGAAUAACCCUUCAGACGGCGAAACUAUGGUCCAAUCUGGUAAAGAUUCGUUUUUUGCCGCAAGAGUCGGCCAUUACGACGAUUUGGAUGACGAUGCUGACGGUUUCAACCCUUUGAUGGAAGAUAACUCGUACAUUGCACCACCAACUAGAGUUCGUGGAGGUGUUUUGGGAUCUUUGUUGAAAUUAUACCAAAACGAAGACGAUGCUGCUUCUCGUUCCCAAGUUUCUCUAGACACCACGCCAGAACCUAUCGAUUAUUAUGAUGGCGAAUCACUCCCACUCACAGGAAUCACAGAUGUAGCAUCUGGGCAGCCUGGUAAAAAGGGAAAGAAGAUCUCUUUUAAUACGCCCUCGUUUUCCGGUAUGAAAGACAAGGCGUCUCAGUUUUUAAGCUCAGAAAACCUUCCCGCCAACGGCAAGUUGCCCAAUUUCAAAGCGACCAGGCCUAAAGUGAAAAACUUGAAAAACGUGGCCAAGCAAGCCAACAAGCUGCGCCGCAAACAAACAGCAGAGGCUAGAAUUACCGUCCACAUUGCGGCACUACUCCAGAGACAGAGAUUCAUUUUGCGCUUGUGCAAAGCUCUGAUGCUUUACGGUGCUCCAACACAUCGUUUGGAAGAAUAUAUGGUGAUGACCUCAAGAGUGUUGGAAAUUGAUGGCCAAUUUUUGUACGUCCCGGGCUGCAUGGUCGUCUCGUUUGGCGAUGCCACCACCAGAACCUCCGAAGUUCAACUAGUCAGAUGCGCACAGGGAUUGAACUUGUGGAAGCUUCACCAAGUUCACGCUGUCUACAAACAAGUGAUUCACGAUUUGAUGAGUGCGGAAGAGGCAAACAUGGCAAUUGACAAUAUUAUGAAGGAAAAAAACCUAUACCCUCCCUGGGCCUGUGUCUUCCUGUAUGGGUUCUGCUCUUCGAUGGUCACACCAUUCGCUUUUGGUGGUGACUGGAUCAACAUGGCCACAUCUUUCGUGAUUGGGUGCUGCGUUGGAUGUUUGCAAUUUAUUGUUUCACAAAGGUCGAGUUUAUAUUCCAAUGUGUUUGAGGUGACUGCUUCAAUCGUUGUCAGUUUUUGCGGUAGAGCGUUAGGAUCCAUCAGUCCGUCGAAAAGUCAUAUUUGUUUUGGGUCCACUGUACAAGGUUCUCUUGCCUUGAUUUUGCCAGGUUUUAUCAUCUUGAGUGGAUCUUUGGAGUUGCAAAGCAGAAACUUGGUUGCGGGGUCCGUGAGAAUGUUCUACGCAAUCAUUUAUUCUCUCUUCUUGGGGUUCGGUAUCACGCUAGGUGCUGCCCUGUUCGGAUGGAUUUACAAGGAUGCCACCAAUGACACAACCUGCAAAGAUCCACAUGUCCCUACUGAGUUCAAAAUCUUGUUCGUGCCCGCGUUUUCCAUCGGUAUAGCGUUGAUUAACCAAGCGAGAUGGUCGCAACUGCCCGUCAUGACAUUCAUAUCAUGUGCAGGUUACGCUGUUACCUUCGGUUGUGGGAAACAUUUCAAAAACUCGACAGAAUUCAACUCUUCCAUCAGUGCGUUUGUUAUUGGUAUUCUAGGCAACUUGUACUCGAGAAUCUGGAAAGGUCUCGCUGUUUCUGCCAUGUUGCCUGGCAUUUUCGUCCAGGUUCCAUCCGGUGUGGCGUCGCAGAGUUCUUUACUUGCAGGUGUUCAGAGUGCCAAUGCCAUCACCAAUAGCAGCAGCAGCAGCGAAACCGUUGUCAACGACUUGUCUGGGUCGAUGUCUUUCGGUGUUACCAUGAUUCAGGUGUCCAUUGGUAUUUCAGUUGGAUUGUUCGCCUCGACUCUUUUCGUCUAUCCAUUUGGCAAAAAGUCCACCUCUCUUUUCACUCUGUGA